AUGACCACGUCCAAAAGUUCCUCUGGCGAUAGCACCGCAUCAGCCAACCCCACGACCCCGAACAAGAAUCCCGACACCAUCAAAGAUGAUGCCGCGGCGGACGACAAAAACACUCCCGGAGAGGCCCCCAAGCCUGCGGCGGCGGGAAACCGCCCGCGGGCCAACACCACCAAGAAGCCGGAGCCCCCAACUCUGCUCCAUGACUUUCUUCUGGGGCGACCCUCCCCGGCGAGGUUAGAGGCAGAGCGCAAGCGGCGGCAAAGCAUGGAUACCAGUAAGGCUGAGCUUCGUCAUGAGAUGAAACAGAACAUGGUGCGCAAGUUGCAGCCGCCAAGUGGUGUUAAGGACAGGGUGAAUAAAUGGCAAAAGGCCAAUGCGGCUGCCAUGGCCGAUGCAGAUCCGGAUGAUGCCGCCACAGAGCCGACAGACGUUGCUUUUGCUGGAGAAGAGUUGGAAGACGUGACGGAGGAGGACCGAGUGCGCAUCAAGAUGAGGCAGAAGAGGAGACCACCCAAAAAGGCCAUUGUGCACAACAACACUGCGGAGGCCGAGAAAGAGGAAAAGGAGCAUGUGCCUCCGCCUAAAAAGAGGAUUGUGAGCGACGACAACUGGGUCAAGCCCAAAGUUAGAAAGGCGUCUGUUCGAAAGGUCUCGCCUCGCCCGAGAAAAGCGAGCAAUCCCACCCCGGCGGCCCGCAUUCCAAACGGCUUUGUCUUCCGAUCGGUACCUAAUCCGACCUUUCAGAGCAAGGUCAAGGCGUGGGCUGAAAAGGUCGUGACUCCACCGCCAAAAAGCCUUAAAGGGUCUUUGUCGUCGGAUCUGUCUGGUUCUGAGGAUGAGUAUGAGGAUGAUAGCGAUCAGGAGGAGCCAGCUACCGAAGUCACUGCAAGAAAGCCGCUCAAGCCUAGCAUGGACGAUAAUGAUGGUAUACGUGUACGGCCAGUACGGAAAAAAGAGCCUGAAGACGAUGGUAUUCGGGUUUCGCCUAUGAAGGCACCGACUGCGGCGAAAAAGGAACCCGAAGACGAUGGCAUCCGCGUUGCACCCAUGAAAGCCACGCCAGCUACGGCUAAGAAGGAACCCGAAGGUGAUGGUAUCCGCGUUACGCCCAUGAAACCCUCACCAGCUGCGACCAAAAAGGAACCCGAGGGCGAUGGUAUCCGCGUUACACCUAUGAAAUCCUCACCAGAUACAGCUCAGGACGAUGGCAUCAGAGUGAAGCCAAUGGCCGACUCCAGAUCAGAACCAGGAACCCCAAGGCCGGCACGACAACGAAGCAAAACUACCGGUUCUGCCCACAAGAACCCCACGAUUCAAGACUUGAUAAAAGCCGUUGAGGAGGCGACUGUAUUAUCAAUGUCAGACGAUGCAGGCUCCUAUGUCGACGCCCAACGGCAGAAGCCUCGAUCAGGGGGCGUAAAAAGAAGUGGAACGAAGCGUCCCAACACCAGGGCCAAGUCGGCAGACGUCGGCUCCCGCGCCAAGCGCCCUCCUCAUAUCCCAGACUCGGAUCUGGGCACAUCACUGUCAAACAAGUCUCUGGCUGACAUCCCAGGAGACAUCCCGUUUGGACAUUCCGCCUUUAGUGAGCUGGAUUUGCCUCUGCGGGGUCCUCCUAAGAGUAAACCGAAACAACAACAAAAGCGUACAAAGCUUGACCGGGCAACGAGCCUCAAGGCCAUGCCGAAUGUGUUAAAGAAGGUGGUGGAGGAGGGUAAGAAGAUUAUACAUGAUCUCAAUGAGACUCCCAGACAUGCUGUGCCCAACAACCCCCCGAGCAUUGAGAAAUGGCUGAACAACACUGUCGAGCCUUUUAAGGAUAACAGGCCACAUUCACCCACGUCUACUCUAUCUGAUGAGGACGACAGCGAAGAUGACGAUGAUACCAUUGGAGACGCUGCACCUAGAGAGAGGACACCAAAAGCUACAACGCCCAAGGCAGCGACACCAAAGGCGACAACGCCAAAGGAGACGACGCCGAGAAGAACUGCACCAAAAGAGGCUAAAUUGAAAGAGACGGCACAAAGAGACAAUGCACCCAAGGAAGUUACGCCCAAGGAGACCGCGCAUAAAAGAAAGCCAUCGGCAGAGACAAAAAGCUCAAUGGUUUCUGAGUCUCGUGUCGUCUCCAAUGUUACCUCCGACGUCACGUCUUACCUGACAAGCACAACACGAUCGGAUGAGACGGCUCAGAGCGCACCUGAUGCCACCAGUUCAACCCCAAAAUCAGAGUCAAGGUCUAAGGAAUCUCUCAGAAAGAAAACAUCUUCCUCUUCAAGUCUCAAGAGGAGAAGUGCAACCAGAGACUCUUUGCAUUCCAAAUCAGGUAGUAAAAGACGACCAUUCUUCGGUGCCCUGAAAGAAGCCUUUCAAGGAGAGUCGGCAGGGCUCACGAAACCCAUAAAGAGCUACCAGAGUCAUGAAGAGCGUCGACUCGAAUCAGAUGAUGAUGAUCUAGGAGACAGUGAAACGGGAUCGGAGACGGAAACAGAGACAGAGACAGAACGCGAGGCCGACUCGCAGUACAUGCAGUCCAAUUCUGAGUUGAGCAGCUGGGUCACGACAGACACUCGCUCAAGCACCGAUCGAGACUCAUCGGUCCACAGCUCAUCAAGAGGAGCACCACAUAUUGCCGGACCACGUCUCCGUCCCCCUACAAACGGUCAUCAUGAGCUUUCGACAAUUCUCUCCGAGGGCUCUAGUAUCAGUCAUUCGGAGUCUGGGUCGGAUGUGAGCCACUCUACUCUCACUCGCUCAACGACUGUCACAAAAUCGAGUGACCCGAAAAUCCCACAACGACAGGGUUCAGGGCUGAAAAGGAGGCUGACAAAACACUCUGACCUGGUUUCCGUCCUCUCACUACCGGACGACACAAAUGUUCCCAAAGGAAUGAUGAAUAGCAGGUCAAGGCCGAGUCUGCGGAAAGCACGCGGCGUGCCCAACGUAACUGCCGAUGAUUUGCUAAAGGAGUUUGCCGACGACGAACACCUGUAUCAAAGUGAGCUCAAAACACUGGUCGAUGGUGUGGUACCCGUGCUUCUCUCUCACGUAGUGAGCGACCCCACUGCCUCUUCCGACCACUUCGGGACCGUUUCUCCAAAGAUCAAGGUCGAUAUUACAUCCAAGUCGGUCGUUGAUAUGGGAGUUGCCCUCGAGAAGCUCAAGAACGCACAUGCCAAGGCUCCCUUGACAGAUAUCCGCCGAAUGGCCAACUGGGCACAUGGUGUUGUCCCAAUUUACAACAACUACCUGAGUGUCUGGAGGCUGGGCUUCCAAGAUCUGAUAGUCAACCUCGCACCGCGACGGGGUACCCCUGACGAAGACGACUCUCUCCUCGAUUCGUUGCCAAGGAAUGCGAAUGGCGAUCUCAUCAACGCCCAGGGAGAGCGUGUAGCCGUCGCCUAUCUCCUGAAGCGGCCACUAUUUCGCGUGAAGCAGAUGGCCCGUCUGAUUGUCUGCGUUGACCAAAUGUUUACAUCGCCUGAUACCAACCAGCUGGUCAAGGAUUUCGAAGCCUUGCAGGAAAAGGCUCGCCAGCGCCACAGAGAGGAGGUCGCGAGGAUCAUUGACGAAGAAGCCGCCAACACGGAUACCACUAGAGCGCGAGACCUCAGAACGCUCGGCCCAACCAAGUCCAUCAAUAUCGGUCUCACUCGACAAGUUAGUGCCAAGGACAUCUUUUCGCUUGACCUUGCCCACUCCAACGGGCAGAGGCUGGAGUGUCAGGUGGAGCUGGUUCACCGAGACAACCAAAGCCGCCCCGAAGACAGAGGAGAUCUUCUCAUACGGGAAGUGGGAGACGGUCGACGAUCAUACCUCCUCUUUCCGCCCAUCUCCAUGUCUCUCGUCUCUGCCCGUUCAGGAGAUGGAAAGUUGGACAUGGUGGUCAUGGUCCGUGGCAAUCACAAUGGGAAGCCAUGGCAUGAGCUGCUCAAUCUCUGGGCCGAUGAAGAAGAGCAGAUAUUGGACUGGCUCGAUAUCCUGCCGUCUUCUCCCAUCCCGCCCAGGGAGCCUGAACCAAGUGUCCUUGAUGAAUCCGAGCUGGGAUCAGAUUCUCCCAGAUUGCCUGAUGUUCCCGUUGGAGUUCAGAGCAUGGUGAGCGCGGCGUCUCGAAACACCGACGGAGACGACUCCGACAGCAGUCUUUCGGCUCCACCGACUCCUACACGAGCCGCUCCUGGACCCCCUGGCAGAGAAAAGAGCAAGUCUCGGUCAGGAUCUUCCUCUUCGAAGCAGGUCCCCGUCAUAUACCACAAUGAUGCGCCACCGCCGCGACCGCCAGUUCACCGAACCCUCAGCCCCACGCCUCAGCAGUCUCCAAAGUCUCAGUCGCUGCUUCAACCACCGGUUGAUGUGCACGCCGUGAGGCGAAGAGGCUCUUCUCCUCUCAAGCACGAGUACCUGCCUUCUGAGGUCUCCUCUGCCUCAGGCCUAUCUUCCUCUGCGGUUUCUUCGAUAGUGGAAGAAGGAGAGUCGUCGGAAUCGGAAACAGAGGGAGAAGAUGUGUCUGGAACCGAGAGCGAGUCAUCCUCAUCUGAUGAGGAGAUGGAGAGCAUUGACAUUCCCCAGACUGAGCUUGGCUACAGCAUCAGGGACGAAGGCCAGAGAAGAGGCUCAUAUGCACCUUCAUAUGCUCCCUCAUAUGCCCCCGCAUCUGAGGUUAGCUUGACGCCGUCCAACUCUGCCUCCCAAGCCGGUCUCCAUGGACGGAAGCCAUCAGAGGAAGAUGGCAGCCUUGCGAGAUCGGGACGAUGUCUCGCAACAAUCUCCAGGUGGUCUGACAAGGGCGCGUGGAAGGAUGUGCACCCCGACCACUGUUCAAUCGUUGUUACAGAUGGUCUUAUUGAGGCGUUUGCUUUCCGAGACAGCAACUACACUCAGCUUGACGAUAAGCCCAUUGUCGCAUUGGAUCUUACGCCGAUGGUCUUGAUCCGACAGAGCACUGCGGUCGACCUCGAAAUCAGAUCAUCAAUGCAGCCUCACAGCAAGUUGGCGCCAGUCUACCAGGGCGGCAACUUUCGCUUCCGGUGCUUGAACGGCCCUGACUGCUACACUCUCUACACGGCUGUCCACCACGCUCGUCUCAACAACCAGAAGUUUAUCCAGUUGGAGAACGAAGCCCGUUUCAGAAGCUUUGGUGAGCGACCGGCUCCGGCUGAUGACGGAGACAAGAGCAGUCGGGCUCGCAGCUGGUUCGGCAGAAAGAACAGCUACCGCAGCUCGGCGAGGGCACCACAGCCACAACAGUUAGAUGGCGCUAGCACUACACCCUCGUCGACGCCGUCUGCUUCCAGCUUCCUCAAGAAGCUCACUCUUGUUGGAAACCUCUCCUUCAACCUGGCUCGAUCAUCCGUUGACAAGCGUGGCGGCAGAGGUGGAAGCGGCCACAACAGCCUGUAUACAUCGGGCUCUUCGUCAGGAUACGGCUCGCCUCGAUCGCCCUCUGUUAGCGUGGAUAAUGGCGGCGAGACGCCCGUGAAUCUCAGCACCGAGAACAUUCGCAUCCGGCUCCAUCUUCUUGUCUCGCCCGCCAAGUGGGAAGACUACGGUAACUGCAGUCUACAAAUCCGCCGGCCGCCUCCGGGCUGGCGCCAGGCCCUUCGAGCGGAUCACGGCCUCGAGAAACGCGUCACGGUUACGACAAUACCCAAGAAGAGCUCUGAGAAGCCAAUCACUGUGCUGGAUGCUGUUCUGGGAAGCGGAUGCUUCACUCCCAUGGGCAGCAGAGGUAUCGUUUGUGGUGUCUGGGAAGAAGUCAAGAACGGCGACGGUAUUGUCGGCGGCGUUCCGGCAAACGGAGCAACAGGAGGAAAUAUCAAGAAGUGGUGCUUCCAAUUCGCCAGCGUGACUGAAGCCGGCUGGGUUCUGCGGCUGGUGCACCAAGAGGUUGUGACCAACUGA